AAAAAUGAGUGUGACAUACUAAAACUCUGUGUAGUAUGUCAUAAAAGGGCAAUGCCACAGUUAAAAACAGUGGCAUUGCCCUUUAAGUGAACUGUCCAAUGACACCACCCGGCUCGGCUCGGCUGACAGUUUGGUGACCGAGUGACGGAGAUUUGGGGAUGCUGUCAGAACAAGAGAGGACAAUGAUACGAACAUGAUCAGCGCCGAUGGCUUCUCAAAAUGCGAGGCGACCCUGCAAGAGACAGGGAGGAGGAGGAGGAGGCCACCCGCAGAGAUGCUCCAUCUGCUGUCAGCUGUCAUUGUUUGGCUGGUGACCGGCACCACCAUCUCCAGCCUCAACAAAUGGAUAUUUGCCGUUUACAACUUCAGGUACCCCCUGCUGCUGUCAGCUCUGCACAUGCUGACAGCCAUAGUGGUGGAUUACGGCCUGAUCAAGCUGCAGGUGAUCCGCCACAGAGGGGUCGGAGAGCAGGACCUGACCCCCAGCGCAAAAUGUAAGGUGUUCCUGUUGAGCCUGACGUUUUGUGCCAGCAUCGCCUUUGGAAACAUGGGUCUGAACUAUGUCCAGCUGUCAUUUGCACAAAUGAUAUACACUACAACCCCGCUUUUUACCCUGGCCAUCUCCACACUGAUCUUAGGCAAGCAGCAUCACAUCAUCAAAUACACAGCCAUGAUGCCCAUCUGCCUGGGAGCGUCUUUCAGCAUUAUGGGAGAGGUCCAGUUCGAUCAGACUGGCUGCUUCUUUGUGUUCGCAGCAACCAUGCUGAGAGGGGUCAAGUCCAUUCAGCAGAGUAUUUUACUUCAGGAGGAAAAGAUCAACUCCGUGUUCCUGCUGUACCUGAUGUCCAUUCCCAGUUUCUGCAUCUUGGCCAUAGCUGCUCUCGCCUUGGAAAACUGGGCCAUGCUCGAGUCGCCGCUUCAUUACGACCGCCACCUGUGGGUCUUCAUCUUGCUCAGCUGCCUGGGCUCGGUCAUGUACAACUUGGCCAGCUGCUGCGUCAUCACACUCACCUCGGCCGUCACUCUGCACAUCCUUGGCAACCUUAGCGUGGUGGGAAACCUGCUGUUGUCUCAACUGCUCUUCGGCAGCGAACUGUCGGCCCUGAGCUGCGCCGGCGCAGUGCUCACGUUGUCUGGCAUGCUCAUCUAUCAGAACUCAGAAUUUAUCGUUAGCUACCUGGAUGCACGAAGGGCCAAAGCGAAAGGCUCUGUACGAGUGGAUUUUCACAGUGCACGUGGAGAAGACUUGGUUAAAGCUAGUGCAUCUGAUAAAACAUAUCAUCCCCAUCAUCAGGGCACAGACAGAAAACAGGAAGACAAAAUAGACUGAAAAGAAAAGAGGAGUUGUACACUAAUGUGUGACUUUAUACAGCUAUAGUGUUGCUAACAGUGACAGAUGUUUUUUAAUUUUUUUUUGACUUCCUCACUGUGCCACUUUAUUUAUCUCCUGUUCACACAGAACUGGAGUCUGCAGAGAGGAAAAGCUGCCUUUUUGCAUUAGUACUAUUACUAUUAUUUAUUUAUAUAUAUAUUUUUUUGGUUCACAAUGAAGGUAACUUUUUUUUUUUUUUUUUUUUGCCCUUAUCCGUGUCACAUAUAGCCUAUAGCGGUAUAUGCAUGCAUGAGCACACUGAACUCUUUGAUACCUCAUCAGGUAUUCACACUGUCACUCUUACUACUCCACUGUGAAAAUGUUCUCGUAUCCAGAGGGCUCUAAUCAACGUUUUGGGUGUCUGUUGUGGAUAUUAUCCACUAUAGUAAAGCCUCAUAGAUGGGGUGGGGGGGGGGGUG